CAUAGUAAGGUAAUACGGAGGACAAUGGAUGAUGGUUUUAUUGCUACAAACAGAGCAGAAGAACUAAGAGUUUCAAACAUUUGGCUUUUCUCUGUGUGUUUAGUAGCUGCCAUUCUGUAUUUGGUGCUACAAAGCCAAGUUUAUUUUUAUAACAGCCCCCAAUAAUUGCAAAAGGGGCAGCUAAUGUAAACUACUACUGACAAACAUGCACUGUAAAAAAUGAUCCUAAAAAUGUUGCCAUAAGUUUGUAAGACCCCUUUAAGAUAAUAAUUGAGUUGAAACAGAUAUUAAUGCAAGUACAUUGAAUUCAAAUACAGUUUUCUUUACUUUCGUUUUUAAGGAGUUUCUAGUUUUCAAGCAUCUUUAAUGCGCACAGCUGUUGUGUUUUCUCUAGCCUCGGGUCUUGGAUUGUUGCAUGAGACGUUUAAAGCCUUUUAAGGCCAGAUCGAGUUGGUCAGCUCUUCCAACGGGUCUUUCCUCCACCCAUGAUGAUGUGAUAAGAAAGGCAGUUCCAUCCUCUCUGACCUCCUCCAAUCAAACAGUGUUGUAUGCAUUUAAAUGCUGGCCAAUGACCGUUUUCCCCUAAAGUGUCUGAGUUGACAGUGAGUAAGUCUGCAUAAAUAGAACCCUUAGGGACCGUAAUGUUACAUUCCAACCGUCUCAAAACGAAACGCAGACUUGUAGACGAUGUGUUCACCUAGGAAAAUAACCAGCGCUGGAGUAAGAUUACGUUGUAAAUGUAUCAAGAACUUGGACCCAAGUAUGAAAAAGGCGACCAAGUCCACGGCCGCCUCCUCCAGAACCUCAGUGGGCACUAAAGCCCUCGGCAGAUCAGAAGGAAGCAGCAUUAUGGGCACAGGUGGCAAGAUGACGAACAAAACCCAGAAUUCAGCUUCACUAUCUAAGGCAAAAAGUAAUGAUGAUCUUCCAGCAGUGAGUGCAGGAAGUGGAGUUACCAACAGUAACCCUACAACUCGAAACAAGAGAGGUACCUCUCAGAGCACCAACAGCACUGAGAUCCAGACCAGGUCCAAGACCAGCUCAGGUCUAUCAGGAAGGCGUGCAACGUCAUCCACGACCAAGGAUCCAAGCACAACCCGGGAGAACUUGCGAGAACGUUCCAAAGUCAGCGCUGCCAAAAAGCUUGCCGGACCCACCGACGCUAUGCCUCAAAAACGAUCACGAUGCCGCAGUGUGGUUGAGUCAGAAUCCCGGAUGAGCAAAUCCCGCUCAGACAGCCAGAUAAGCAAUAAAGCAGUGCUGGAGUGUAGAGUAAAAGACCUGAUGGGUCUUGCCAAGAGUAAAGAUCUAGAGAUCCUGCAUCUCCGUUCUGAACUUAGAGGUAUGAGAGCUCAGCUUGGCCUGGAAGACCUUAAAGCUCCCAAUCAAGAAGAAGGGUCUGAGGAGACCAAGCAGACCCAGGAGAAGGAGGUUUGUCCUGUAAUAAGUGCCACAGAUGUAGAGUCAACACUUCUUCUCCUUCAAGAUCAAAACCAGGGCAUCCUCGAUGAGCUAAACAUGUUGAAAAGUGAAAACCGAAUGUUGAAGGAUCGCCUAAAUGCUCUUGGCUUCUCGCUGGAGCACCGCCUGGAAAGUCCAGAUAAAGCCAUGCGCUUUCCUUCUCUUAGUCCUGAGCCUAUAGCUGGAGGUACCGGCAGUCACAGCGAAAACGGCACUGGCGGUAUGCGGGCAUCUUUUGCUGAAGGCUCCACUGAAGACCUGCUGUCAGAACCGAGACGUGUUGGUUCUCCUGAUGCAGUUGACAGCGAGUGCAGUGAGGCCUACCAGCCAAUUACCUCCAGCGAUGAUGCUCUGGAUGCCCCAUCGGGUUCUGGAUCAUCUUCGGAAUCAGAAGGUGGGCCACCAAGCAGAGAACAUUCGCGUAGGGGCAGCAGCGGGAACACCAGCGAAGUUUCGGUAGCUUGCUUGACUGAGCGCAUCCACCAAAUGGAAGAGAACCAGCACAGCACAUCAGAAGAACUCCAGGCCACACUGCAGGAGCUUGCUGACUUGCAGCAGAUCACGCAAGAGCUCACUACAGAAAACGAACGUUUGGGUGAAGAGCGUGCCAUUUUGGUUGACUCCCUCUGUCAGCAAGGGGAGCGUCUGGAUUUGUACGGAAGACAGAUGGAUUAUUUCCGCGGCCUGCUUGACGAGCACUGCGUGACUUAUGCCAAAGAUGAUGAAGACGCCAAAAGUGGACGAUACAUGGAAUUGGAGAGGCGAUAUGCCGAGUUAAACGAGGGCUCGCGUUUCGAGAGGGAGCAGCUCUUAGGCGUGCAGCAACAGCUGAGCAGUGCACUUAAGAUGGCAGAACAGGAGAACGCGGAAGCUCAAGGCCUAAUGGCAGCGUUGAAGGAACGCAUCCAUUCGACGGAGAGAGCUGUGGAAAUGGAGCGGAGGGAGCGGGCCCUUGCCUCAGCAGAGCUGGAAACAUUGAGGGGGGUGUCCGAAGGGGAGCAGGUGGAGUUGGACCGCUGCAGAAUUCAGCUUGACCAAGAGAGGCAGAGAGUUGCCCAGCUCCUCUCCAUUCACAAUGCUGGGGAUAAGAGCGACAUUCGCCACCUGCUGGAUAGCGAGAGGAUAGACAAGGAGCGAGCGGAGACCAAAGCAGCUCAACUGCAAGAGGAACUGGGACACACUCGGAGUGAAGCUGCCCAUCUGCAGGAAGCGAUUAGCAAGUUUACAUCUUCCAUCAUUAUCCAUCCUAAACACAUAUCCUUGUGUAUGCUGAAGUUGGAGGGUGAGUUCCGGGCAUUUCGUGAUGACGUCCAGGCGCAGUUAGCCGAGCAAAAGCGUCUUCUGGAGCAGCAGUGCUCUGAGCUGGAGGAGAAGGACACUGAGAUCGCCGACAUGAAAGAGACCAUCUUUGAGCUCGAGGAUGAAGUCGAGCAGCAUCGUGCUGUCAAGCUCCAUGACAACCUUAUCAUCUCUGACCUUGAGAAUUCCAUCAAAAAGCUUCAUGAUCAGGAAUAUGACAUGGAAAAGGAGAUUAAGGUUCUUCACCGGAAAUUACGGGAAGAAUCAGCUGAGUGGCGGCAGUUCCAGGCCGAUCUGCAGACGGCCGUCGUCAUCGCCAACGACAUCAAGACAGAAGCUCAGGGAGAGAUCGGGGACCUGCGUCGGCGCUUACAGGAAGCUCAGGAGAAAAAUGAGAAAAUGAAUAAAGAGCUGGAUGAACUUAAGAACCGGAAACAGGAAGAGGAGCGAGGACGUGUGUAUAAUUACAUGAAUGCCGUAGAGAGGGACCUGGCCGCUCUGAGGCAGGGGAUGGGCCUGAGUCGACGUUCCUCAACUUCCUCUGAACCAUCGCCCACUGUCAAAACACUCAUUAAGAACUUUGAUAGCGCCUCACAAGGUCCUGUUCCUGCCAGUCCUACAGCUGCGGCUGUUACCGCUACAGUUGCGAUCUCCAGAACCCCUCUCAGCCCCAGCCCGGUCAAAACCCCUCCAGCCGCUGCCGUCUCUCCCAUACAGAGACACACUAGUAGCUCAACCAAACCUCUGUCAUCUCUGCUGGACAAGAGACCAAGCUACACAGACCUGAGUAUCCCAGCAGACCACCUCCUCCGAACAUCACCCGUUACACGCGGUGGAUGUGGCCUCCAGAGGGUGCCCAACAUGGACUCGUCCAAGUCUAUAUCAGUUUCUCGCAGAAGCAGCGAGGAGUUGAAAAGAGAUUUGUCGGUCACCGAUGCAUCAACUCCAUCGUCGAUCAUUGCGUUAGGCUCCUCCUCUCCUCAGCUAUCCCUGUCUUCGAACUCCUCACCAACCGCCUCCGUCACGCCCACCUCACGAGGGCGUUUACGAGAAGAGAGGAAAGACCCGCUGUGCGCGUUAGCCAGAGAAUAUGGAGGAUCCAAGAGGAAUGCUCUGCUCAGGUGGUGCCAAAAGAAGACUGAAGGUUAUCAGCAGAACAUCGACAUCACGAACUUCAGCAGCAGCUGGAACGAUGGCUUGGCUUUCUGCGCCAUUCUUCACACCUACCUACCGGCUCAUAUCCCAUACCAUGAACUCAACGGCCAGGACAAGAGGCAAAAUUUCACACUGGCCUUUCAGGCGGCAGAAAGCGUGGGGAUUAAGUCUACACUGGACAUUGGUGAAAUGGUGCACACAGAAAGACCCGACUGGCAGCGUGUCAUGACCUACGUAACGGCCAUUUAUAAGUACUUUGAGACUUGAGAAUCUUCUAAAAUUGUUAAACUACAACAUCUGCCAAAACUACAUAUCCCAGAUGCUGGACUGUGGGUGGGGGGAGCUUGACCAUCCCAAAACUGCCAACAUUUAGCUCAAACAGCCAUAUGUCCAGCUUGGUAUUGCCAAACUUUAUUGUCCUGACGAUCAAAGGCGCAUAACAAUGUGCCAGCCAAGCAGCAAAAAUGAAAAUAUGAAUAGAUUGCCUUUUAAAUGUGCCUUGUUUUUGUAGUUUUAUCAUGAGGGUGCCCUGUAUAGCAGUAUUCAGUGUUAGACUAGUAGUUUACUAGUUUAAAUCAGUAUUUAUUUAUAUGCCACAACAGACAGGUUUUAUUUGGUUAACCGAAAUAAGCUUUCAAGUAAAUGUUCCGGGGUCCUUACUUUGUGUUGCAAUAAUAAUGUUGUCUUUGUACUCUUUAUAUACACUAAAUGAAAGCUAAUUUUGAAUGUAUAUGUAAUUUAAAAUGAAUCUACUUUGUUUUUGUUUUUUUGGAUGAUGGCCAUUCCCAGCGUUAAUCACUUGCUGCAAGAACUUUAUUGUUAAAUAAAAUCAGUGAAAAUAAAAUGCAUGGCUGCUUUUUUUGGUUUCACAGGAUGUUUUCGGUGUAUCUGACCUCUUUGUUAGCACUACUUAUUGUUUUUUGACGUGUAAGACCAGCUGGGUUCUGGAAGCUUGCUGAUUCAGUUUGAGUUUGUUUUAUGGCUAUUAAAGCACAAGGAUGAAUUUGUUUCUACCCAGAUUAAAUGUGAAUCUGUCCAUCCACACUGUCAAUACAUGGUUUGUUUUAUCAGCGUUCAUUGUACCUCUUCUAUACUCUAAGAAAUAAAGGUACAAAAGCUGUCAAUGGGGCGGGACCCUUUUAAAAACUACAACUUUUUAUUUAAAGGAUGCAUAUUACCCUCAAUGGGUAAAUGGAACAUCAUAGGAAAUUUUUUUAAAGGUGACAGCUUUUGUAAUUUUAUUUCUGAGAGUGUCUUUUGGCACAAAAUGGAAACUUUGCCUUAUGUGUACAAGAAGAAAGCUUAAAAGCACAAUUAUCACAUCUGAGGUGAGGUUUAACUUGCUUUGCUUUUUUAGUGCACUGCCUUCAUUUUUAAGAUUAUGUUCAUGGUUCAAUUAACAUCUUGUAAAGACUAUUUCAAUCAUCCUUGAAGGGAUGGGAUCCAAUUAAGUCCUUUGUUCAUGUACAAAAGGAAUUUUAUGUAAAUCAAUAAAAAACUUUUUUUGUUUAAAGCUG